UAUAAAUUAAGAUAAUUUGUGGUACCACUUCAUUUACUCAUCAGUAGUUGGCCAGUAUACACAUCAACGAUAUCAUAUAAUUUAUCAAUUAUAAUUUUUUCAGUUAAUACGCACAUAAAAAUUUAGGGUGUUGGGGAAAUAUGCUGGCUAAAAAUCUACUAAUGAUGCCAGCUAAUUCAAUAGCUGGUGUAUUAAUGUUUACCAUUGGAUUAAGUCUUAUUAAUCUUGGCUCAAGUAGGAUCUCUUCAAAUCAAAUGUCUUCAGAAAACAUUACGAGUUUACCACCAGUUGAAAUGAUGAACUCGACAAUAUCAACUAUUACACCAAACAUGCCGAAUGAAUGGUCGAAUAAUACUGGGACAGUUGAUCCUUCAAGUCAAAGUCAGAAUAAACUGGAAACUCAUUUAGCUGUAUCAUCUCUAUUAGGAGAUGGAAAAUUUAAAUCCAAUUUCUCACAAAGACGUCAAGACAAUAUCAAAGAAAAAGAUUAUAAUUUAUUCAGUGAAUUAUCAAUAGGAAUUCUCAAACUCAGUGCAGACUUGCAUCAAAAACAAGAAGCAAUAUUAAAAAUCACACAAGAUUAUAAUACAUUAAAUUAUAAAUACAUGGAAUUAGAAAAAUCUUAUUCAAUAGACAAGCAAAAGAUAGAAAAAAUCAAUAAUAAGGUCGAAAUUUUACAGCUUAAUAUUCGUGACAAGGAAAAUGAUUUGGAUAUUGAGAAAAAAAAUAAUAAAGUUUUGUUUGAUUCAAAAACAUUAUGUGAUAAUGAAUUAUUAACAACACGAUUAGAAAAUGAAGAAUUACAUAAUAAAUUAGUGAAACUUAAUGAUACACUAAAAACAGUCAGCCAAGAUCAAGAAAAUUUGGGAAAAACUUUAGAAAUUGCAAAAUUAGAUUCAGAAAAGAAAGAAAAAAAUUUAAAUAUACUUGAAUUGAAAAUGAAAAAUAUUAUUAAUGAAAAAAAUAAUAUGGAAGUUAAAAUGAAAAUUGAAGUUGAUCAACUGAAUGAUAAAAAUAAAAAACUAGUUGGAGUACAGACAGAAAAUAUAAAAACAAUUGAAAAUGAAUGUCAAUCAAAUUUAACAAAUAAACAGCAAGAAAUUAAGAUGAUGAAAAAUGAUAUUUUUAAGAAAAGUCUGGUUAAAUUGGCUGAUUUAUCGAACACAUUGACGUCUAUUAUGAAGUUUGAUGAAGAUAAUGUACCAGACGAUUUAUUGGAGAAGAGACGACGAUUACUUCAAAAUCAAUAUGAUGAAAAUCAGACAGAGGUGGUUAAUUAUAUAAGAAAACUAUUUGAUGAUAUUGCUUUAACGUCUAAUCACAAAUUUCCUAAUAAAUAUUUUUGUAACAAAAAAAUAUCUCAUUAUGAUUCGAGAAUUUGUGCAUUGUUCAGUGAAAGUUCAAAUAAUCAUAGAAUUAGUUUGCAAAGAGUAAAUUUGUCCAUUAUUCCGAAAGAUACAUUCGCUGACUGUAAAAAAGUUGAUUUUCUAGAUUUGUCAUUUAAUCGAUUAAAUUAUCUCGAGUCAGGUACUUUUAAUGGUUUAAUAGAGCUCAAAGAGCUUUGGAUAAAAGAAAAUCAUCUAGCAACGUUACCGAAAGACAUAUUUAAUGGUCUUGAAAAACUUGAAUUUCUAACCUUAGAUUCAAACCGACUAAAUUACCUUGAGCCAGGUACUUUUAAUGGUUUAUCAAAUCUCAAUAAGCUUUAUAUAUAUCAAAAUAAAAUAACGACAUUACCGAAAAACAUAUUUAAUGGUCUUGAAAAACUUGAACUUCUGAGCUUAUUUUCAAACCAACUCAAUUUCCUUGAGUCAGGUACUUUUAAUGGUUUAUCACAACUCAAGAUACUGGAUAUACAGAAAAAUCAUCUAACAGCAUUAUCAAAAAAUAUUUUCAAUGAUCUCAAAAAUCUCGAAAAACUAUACUUAAAUGGAAACCGACUAAAUUCUCUUGAGUCAGGUACUUUUAAUGGUUUAUCAAAUCUCAAGUGGCUUUACAUAGGUGAAAAUAAUUUAACAACAUGUUCGAAACAUAUAUUUGGUUUAGAUAUUCUUGAAAACUUAUAUUGCUAGUCAAUAAAAUAAAAAAAAAAAUCACAUUAAAAGCGUCUUUGAAUCUUCGAUUACCAUAUUUACAAAUACAGCUAUUAUGGUUAAUAAAAUGAUAUUUUCAAUUAUAUAAUUGCUCAAAUAAUUAUGAAUUGAAUGCUUCUAAAAAAAAUAUUCUGAUAAAAUGCUUUAUUUCUUCAUUCACGAUUUCAAAAAUAUUCAAAUUGUUAAAUAACAAUAAUGAUAAUAAUUUGUAAUUUCUAUUAUUACUUUUUAUAUUAAAAAAAAUUUUCAUUUGGU